AACCAGUUAAUGACGGCGCUCGAAAACAAACAUGGCGGAGAGAGGCGGUGUAUUGCAAAGUGUCUGAGUUGUACGGAAGCUCGACAUGUUGGCGUUAUAAAUCCCUCACAUCUCUUAUUCCAGGAUGGCUUCAUUUGAAGAAUUUGAGGGGGAGUUUGAUGCUUAUGAGUAUGUGGAGCGUCUGGCAAGCACUGUGGAUGGUGGAGGGUCAAAAGGUGGAGCUGGAGCUUUUGAUCCUAGAACUUUGUGUGACGUGUUUGAAAAAACUAUUAAAGAACUGACAGCUCUAGAUGAGAAGAUGCAGGGAAGAAUUAACAAACUUGAAGAACUCUGUGGGAAAGAACAGGAACAACACAAACAGAAAUCUCGAGAACUGGAAUCAACUUUUAAGACUGCAUCUUCCCUCUUUCAAGAAUUGGAUGACCGAAUAAACUAUGUGGCUACCAAAGUGGUUCAUCUGGGAGACCAGUUGGAAGGAAUCAACACUCCAAGGUCCAGAGCGAUUGAGGCGCAAGAACUCAUGAAAUAUUUCGAUGAGUUUGCUACAGGAAAACAUGUUUCAACUGUGUUUAGUGACCAGUUUAGGAUUCAUGAAGCAGCAAACAUCAUACAAAAGCUGGCACUUAUUGCCCACGAACUUCCUGCUGAGAGGUUUAAAGAUGUCCAAGAAAGAAUCAAAGAAUGCCAUGAUAAAGUGGAAGUCGCUUUGAUUGAAGAAUUUGAAGAAGCCCAUCAUCAGGGAAAUAUCAGUGGUAUGAGAGAUUGUGCAGAGACAUUGCUUCCCUUCAAGGGCUACUCUCACUGCAUUGAUUCCUUUAUCAAACAAAGUCAGAAGGGUCAGUUCCUGUCUUCUGAUGUAUUUCAAGAUGUGAUACCGCUCUGUGAACGGGUUCAUAGCAUGGUUAACAAAGUUUUUAGCAAUAAUGCUGAAGUUGUAAUGGGAAAGCUAGUGCAGAAUAUUCAUGAGGAUGUGCUCAAGAAACAUGUGGAUUCUCAACUCAGAAACUAUGGCUCAGACAAGGAACAGUCACUGAAAAACCUUCAGAACUUGUACGAAAGGGCCAAGAAACUUGGAGAAAAACUCUCUGGUUACAAACUUGGAUCAGAUUCCAAUUUUCUGGAAAGACUGAGAAAAAAUUUAUUCAGUGAAUACUUAUCAUCUUACAUCAAAACAGAGUUAACUUUCCUGUCAGAGAAAUCAGCUGCUAUUUUGGAGAAGUACUACCAUUCUAUAAACCAUGAAAAAAGGGACAGGAUCACUGGUGCGAGUCUUUUGAGUACGGAAUUGACCAAAAGGAUACCACUCAGAAUGCACGCGAAUUCCAUGGACUCCAGUAAAGAGACUACUCUUCUGUCUCAAGAUGUGGCUGUUAGUCUUUUGCAAGAAAAUAAAAUGGCUUUGAAAAGAUGUGAGCUGUUGUCUUCUCCGUCUGACAUGGCAGCAAAUGGAGUGGAAAUCUAUCAAAAAUUGCUAUACAAUCUGUGUACCGAGCACAUUGACUACGCACUCAACGUCACCUUCCAAGCAAUACCCUCAGCGGAACCUAAGGCACCGCCGGAGAGCCUGUUUUUCAAAGUGUCUGAGCAAGCCAAUGCCAUCUUUCAUCUGUUUGAGAAACAUUUCACGGACUGUGUGAUAGGACUAGUCGCAUCUUCGCCAGUUUAUGCCGAAUGCGUCCGAAAGAAGAAGGCAAUAAUGGAAAUGAUGGAAAGCAAACUGGACUCUGGUAUAGACCGGAUUCUCACGUCAAUGUCAGGUUGGAUUAAGAAUAUUUUGUCAACAGAGCAGAAGAAAUCAGAUUUUAGACCUGAAGAACAUGGAGUAGGACUUGUGGAGAGGACGACGGCGUGCGCCAAGACUUGUGAAUUCAUUUAUUCCCAGCGGAAGUUCAUCCAGGAAUCGAUGGAUGGAAAGAACUUGGAGUCGGUUCUCACAGAAUUCGGCACACGAAUUCACCGUCAGGUGUUUGAACAUCUACAACAAUUUCAAUACACUUCAAUAGGAGGAAUGGUGGCGAUAUGCGAUAUAAGCGAGUACAGGAGCUGUAUCAAGGAGUUCAAGAUCCCCCUGUUAGUCAAAUUAUUUGACAAAUUAUACUCGCUCACGAACUUAUUAGUCGUCCAACCAGAAAACCUGAAACAAGUCUGUUCAGAAGAGCAAUUGGCAACGCUAGACAAAGCUGUUUUACAACAGUUUGUACAACUUCGAGUUGAUUACAGAACAGCCAAACUGUCCAAGCACUUCAUGUGAUCCUCACCAAAGAAGGCUGCAACUUUUUCACUUUUGAUGUCUUAGUCCACUCUAUUCUAUAGGUCCAAGAGUCCUCUCCAUUUGAU